AUGCUCUGCUGGGGCACGCGCUGCUCUGCUGGGUGGCGCGCGCUGCUCUGCUGGGUGGUGCGCGCUGCUGUGCUGGUGGCGAGCGCUGCUCUGCUGUGGCGCGCGCUGCUCGACAGGGUGGCGCGCGCUGCUCUGCUGGGGCGCGCGCUGCUCUGCUGGGUGGCGCGCGCUGCUCUGCUGGGUGGCGCGCGCUGCUCUGCUGGGGCCCGCGCUGCUCUUCUGGGUGACGCGCGCUGCUCUGCUGGGGCGCGCGCUGCUCUGCAGGGUGGCGCGCGCUGCUCUGCUGGGGCGCGCGCUGCUCUGCUGGGUAGCGCGCGCUGCUCUGCUGGGGCUCGCGCUGCUCUUCUGGGUGACGCGCGCUGCUCUGCUGGGGCGCGCGCUGCUCUGCUGAGGCGCGCGCUACUCUGCUGGGUGGUGUGUGCUGCUCUGCUGAGGCGCGCGCUGCUCUGCUGGGGCGCACGCUACUCUGGCAGGGGCGCGCGCUACUCUGGCAGGAGUGCGCGUGGCCUCUAG